UUUCCUAAAAUUCUUCUAUUAUAUACUACGAUAUGUCUUUUUUCAAUUGGUACAAAAAUCAUUUAUUCCGAAGACCAAUUCUAAUACAAACCAUUACUAUCUACUGUUUUUACAGAACUUUAAGACUUGGAGGAUUUGGUUUAUGUAUAGCUGGACCAUCCACGACUAUCUGGGUGCAUUUAAAGAGACUAGUAUACAUAGUCAUAGUGGGUGCAUUGUUCUUUAAAAAUCCCAUGUUAGGACUAUUAACACAUGUCACUUUAGAUCAAGCUAUAUUCGCACCGUAACGGCUGUACAAUUGCUCAAUUUUCAAUUUAUUUCCAUUGAAUUAUAGGACUUUAGUUGUUAAUUGUGUUGCACUUGGUUGGAAUACUUGUUUAUCUGUUAUCAAUAAGAAAAGUUCCGACAAAGCGAGUGUUAAAUAGGAAACGAAAUAAAUGGAAUUGACUACUAGUGAUAAAAUAUUUUGUUAUAAAUAAACUUUAGUUGAUGGUCUAGUAAAAUGAGGAGAUUCUUCGAACGUAUUUAUUCGCGUCUUAUAACUAUCAGUCUCUCUUUCUUUACCGAAAUUGGCAUCAUCUUAAAAGAAGAAGAAACGUCUGAUUCUUCUUUUGCUUCGUUCGAGCAAAUCUUUACAAAAUUAUUUUGAUUAUAUUUAUUAAGUCUAUUACCAUAAAUGAAUUAUUAUAAAACCAGAAAGUCAAUGGAAUGUAACGAUACAAACAAAUUAAAAUAAAGAUACGGAAAAUGACAUUAAAGAAGUAUUCUCUACGAUGAUUUAAAUGAUUUAAUUAAAAUCUAGACAAUAUAAUGAGUUCGAAAAUGAGGAAAUAAAAACGUAAAUGCAAUUACUUGGCAUCUAGUAAUUGUAAAAGGAUGAAAAUUGGUCGAGUUAUACUAUGAUUAUUUAAUGUCAUUAGCAUUGAUAGAUUCCGAUUAAAAUCUUAAUGUCCAUUAGUUCGUCAUUAAUCAAUCACCAUUCAACACAUCCUGAUAGGAGAAUCCAGUGUAUUAUGUUUUAUCCUUCUGCCACUAGAUAGGUUAUAGUUUGGGACGUUCCUUAAGAGUAAUAAUGAUUUCUAUCAAAAAUUUGUGCUUUCCAAAAGAAUUAUAAGAAUAUUUCAUUUAAUGAUAAAUAUGUUACAAGGUUUUUAUAUUUUACAUUCUUAUUUUCAAUUUAUAUACAGAAAUAUGGCAAAACAUAAAUUUGUAAUUAUAUACCGGAAUCAAGCGCUAAUUUACUAGCAUGGUCUUACUCAACGGUAGUAACUUUUUUAAGAAGCGAGGUAUUGAAAUUUCAUCAUGAGAAUAAAAUAUUAACAGCGCGAGACUUCUACGCGGAGUUUAAAGGCGCACAAUAUAUAUCACUUGCAAAAGUAUACGGUUUUCCAUCCAAGUUAUCGGACGUUAUAUAUAAAAUUUGAAUCAUGUUUCGAUAAUUGUGCAAGUCCUAAAUUCGCCAAUCAUUCGUUAUUGAUAUACUGUCGUUCAAACUUCUCUUCCAUUUAUUUUCAUAUAACCAUGAAUAUUUUGAAGCCCAAAGUGGAUUCCAUUUAAGGCUGUCUUUUUUAAACGUGAAUAUUUAUUUUUUUUU